AUACCUGCGCAACUUUAUCUGGUAGAAGCUUUGCUCGACUUCUUAACGAUUGAACCAUUGAUACAAAAGCGUCUACACAGUUGCACACCGAGUACUGAUCAGCUUCUUCCAUGAAUCGAAAUCGGCUCUGCCAACGAUCAGGAGCUGAAAGCAUUUCAUCCAUACGAUCCAGACAACAUUCGUUUUCGAUCUCUAUCCACUUGUUUAACACAUCCUGAUCACAGAAGAGUGUGAGGAUAGAAGACGAGUACCCGUCAGGAUCUAUAUCUCGAAGUUGCGACUCAUAAGAUAAACAUUCAUCGAGAAGAUGGGAGAACAGCAGUACAUCAUUCAACACCAUCUCUUGCUUCAGAAGCUUUCCAGUUUUCGCUAUCGGUAGUUCGGAGAGAUAUUUGUAAAAAGCGAACUCCGGUGACUUUGGAGGUCCCGACGGCUCAAAAACACUUCCAAUAGUCGAGACGAAAAAAGCAAGAUUAGCCUGCAUCCAGUUUAAAGUCUGGCUUAGAUACCAUUGCGGUUUCCAAACGUCGCUUGUUUUGCGGUCUUCGCAAAAAUGGAAAAUGAAUCUCUUACCGAAAGGAAGGAGAAGAACUCGGUAGAUUUCUUCAUACCCCGUUCCUUCCUGUAAAUAUUCUGUGAUGAGAUAUAUCAAACUGAGGAUACUGGCAAUAGUUUUCAUUUCGUUUACAUAGGCGCGGGUAUCUACUAGACUUUCGAAAGGAUAUUUUAUUGCGCAAAACACCUCGUCCAACCUUGUACGCGCAAGUUCAUUCAAAUCCUGCGCCAAGGCAUGUAAGCCAUCAGUAAAAGUCGCACGUGAGUUGUCUGUGAGCUCAAUAUGCNCUUGUGCAAGUUUACAAGCUUUUCCAAAGCACUCAGAAAGAUGAGGCCAAUCACAGUUGUUGUUCUUCAUUUCCAUUCGGCAUGAAGUCAGCAAUUCUCUGGCACAGUUUGACCAUUUCAACCUUUGUAACAAAACCUGUUUUCUUGAGAGUGCCUUGAGUUGUGGAAUCAGGUCGGGAUGGUCCUUCUGAAUUGCAUCCAUAA